AUGCAACCUGAAUUACACGUGGAUCCAAACAUUUAUACGAGGCCUUUCCCUCGUUUUGAUCGGCCCAUUAUAAUUGGUUACAUUGGUCUAGAAAAUCUCAAGUAUGCCCGCCGUAUUGGUAAUGAAAGAGUUCGUUAUGACUUAAAUUUGCAUUUAGACAAAGCGAUACACCGACCACAAGACUUAGAUGUUAGACUUAACGAUUUAUUAAAGUUUUUAUUGGAACAUGAACGCCGCUUGAACUUUCCCAUAGAAAAUAGUUUAGAUAAGGCCAAAUUCUUUUGCUACCGUGGCCUAAUGACUUGUGUGGCUUGUACUCCUUAUGAAAAUAGGGAACCCUGGAAAAUUGUUGCCAUUUUAUAUAAAGGGAACAUUUAUCUUUGUGCAAGAGAUACAGAGGAGAAAUUGAACAGAAAACUAAAUAUGACUGAGAGAGACAAACAGUUUACAUCAUGGGGCUAUAAAUUUGAACAGUUCCUCUUGUCCGAUGAACCAGAUUCUGAACCAAAUCCAGAUAUUCCAGUGGAUGAAAAUGAGGAGUUCUCAUUAGUCUUCACAACACAUUUGAACCAUCAUUCAAUAGUGUACGGAGCUGAAAUGGAUGGGAUCAGGUGUGACAAGGAGGCUGUUCCUAAGCCUCCUUCCGAAUUGGGACCAGAAGCUAUAAUUAAAUAUUUAUCUACAAAAGAGUUUAUUGAAUUAAAAACCAACAGACAUAUAGAACAUCCAAAACAAGAGACUAGCUUUAGACGAUUUAAAGCAAAGAAGUGGUGGUGUCAGUCAUUCCUUGCGGGUAUAGACACCAUACUAUGUGGAUACAGAAAUGAUGAUGGAAUUGUAGAAGAAUUGAAAACUUGGAAAAUUAGAGAUCUAGCCAAAAUGUCUCAGAGAUUUUGGAAUCCUAAUGUUUGCUUCAACUUCCUAGAUACCUUUUUCACAUAUGUGAAAAGAUGUUUAGUAAGAGAGAUAAAACAUAAACACGGGGAAAAGGGAUUAAAGAACAUUCAUGAAUUACCUUUGAUGAGCUUAAUGUUUGAGUGGAGUCCUGGCAUGCCAGUUCAGGUAACAGGGAAUUACUCACAUCAAGAUGACCCUAUACUGUGGCCAUGGUUCAUAGAAAAUUAUGGCAAGGGUGGAAAUAAUGCAUAA